AUGUGUGCUCCAUAUCAGUGGUCUCGGAUUGAUGGAGGUUUGACCAUCGUUCAAAACUCCCAUACCAUCAUCACCACCAUCUCAACCACUCCAUCUCCCCCAGAUGUUCGGCAUCCAAUUCGACGCCGCAGGCAUCUACCUCGUCGGCACACCAACCCACCAAUUCCACGUCUCCUUCGAAGAACUAAUGUCCACAACCGGCGGCAUAAUCGGGCUCCUCGAAUACGGUCUGACCUGGAAAGUGAUGCACGCAAUUCUCAGCCGAAUCCGACACCAAAUUUGGCAGAAUUCAAGAACAUCACUCCAGACUCCACCACCACUGUGGAUUGA